CAUCGUCAUGAUAUGGGGUCAAUUUAUAGAUCACGACAUCACCUUAACACCGAUUAGUCGAACGGUCGACAACGAAAUGAUUCAAUGCUGUCCAGCAAACGAAAAUGAUCAUCCACAAUGUCUGCCCAUCCUCAUCAGUCCUCGUGAUUAUUUCUACUCUAAAUUUAAUAGGAAGUGCUUAAAUUUCGUUCGAUCAGCCAGAUGCAGUUCCUGCAUAUUUGGACCACGCCAACAAACGAACCAACAAACAGCUUUUGUUGAUGCUUCUCAAGUUUACGGGACUGCAGUUGACGACAACAAUAAUUUAAGAAGCAAUAACAAUGACGGCAAAUUGCUAAUGAGAUUUCAUCCUCGUAGUGGCGACGUAUUACCCGCCUCCACCAAUCCUAAUUCGGAUAGUUGCAGUAGACCCAAUGAAAAUCUUUUAUGUUUUCGAGCAGGUGACGUCCGAUUAAACCAAAAUCCCGCAUUGACCAGCAUGCACACGAUUUGGGCCAGGGAACAUAAUCGCAUUGCCGAACAAUUAGCGUGUUAUAAUCCUAAAUGGUCGGAUGAAAAAUUAUUUCAAGAGACAAGGAGAAUAGUUAUUGCCGAGAUGCAAAUGAUCACGUGGAACGAAUUUCUGCCCGCGGUUCUCGGAAGCAACUACAUGAAACGUUACUCUUUAAACGUGGCCGAAAAUGGAUGCACCGUUUACGAUCCUCAAUUUGAUCCUUCGUUACUGAACGAGUUUAGCACAGCCGCUUAUAGAUUUGGCCACUCGUUAAUAGAUGGCAUCUUCGAUUUGAUCUACUCCGAAAACCAAAAAUCGAGCAUUAGUUUACGAGACAACUAUUUUCACCCUUUUGAACUGUACAAUGGACAACUGGAUGGAUUGAUGAAAGGUGCCACGCAACAACCUUCUCAGUGUUUUGACGAAUUGCUCGUUGAUGACGUCAGAAAUCAUCUGUACCAAAGGCGAGGCAAUAAUUCGGGACUAGAUCUCGUUGCUUUUAAUAUCCUAAGAGGUAGAGAUCACGGUCUACCCGGUUACGUCUCUUACGUCGAACAUUUUUUUAAUGUUAAAAUUGAAAGGUUUAGUGAUUUGAGAAGAUUUAUCAAUCCAAAUACUAUUGAGAUUUUCAAGAAACUGUACAAGAGCGUACACGACGUCGAUUUAUAUACCGGUGGCACAUCUGAAAUUCCCGUUCAAGGAGGUAUUGUUGGUCCUGUUUUUGCAUCGAUAAUUGCGGAACAAUUCGAGCGUUUAAAAUUUGGUGAUCGUUUCUAUUUUGAACACUGCAACGAGAUUGGAUCCUUUACCCCAGAACAAUUACGAGAAAUUCGCAAAACAACACUCGCGAGGGUCCUAUGUGAUAAUACCGAAAUUAAAGAUUUACAAAAGAAAGUAUUCAGAAUUCCGGAUCAUUGGAAUUCCAUUGUGAGCUGCUCAAGGAUUCCAUCUGUCAAUUUGAAAAUAUUCAGUUAAUUAUUCCUUGUAUUGUCAGUUAAUACCAGCUAAUAAAUGUAUUAUAG